GUCACUUCCGCCUUCCUCCCCGGCCUCCAUCUUGCUCCCCGCAUGUGUCUGCUGUUAGUUUACAGGUCAGUGUGGAGCUUUAAAUACACUUUUGGCCGCCUUGUUCGCGCCCGCUCGGACGACAAGAGAUGAAAGAAACAAUUAUGAAUCAAGAAAAGUUAGCUAAACUGCAGGCGCAAGUCCGCAUUGGUGGAAAGGGCAGCGCCCGGCGAAAGAAGAAGGUGGUCCACAGGACGGCGACGGCCGACGACAAGAAGCUGCAGUUCUCCUUGAAGAAACUGGGAGUGAACAACAUCUCGGGCAUCGAAGAGGUGAACAUGUUCACCAACCAAGGCACGGUCAUCCACUUCAACAACCCCAAAGUGCAGGCCUCUCUGGCCGCCAACACCUUCACCAUCACGGGACACGCGGAGACCAAGCAGCUGACCGAGAUGCUGCCUGGCAUCCUCAACCAGCUGGGAGCCGACAGUCUGACCAGCCUCAGGAGACUCGCAGAGGCUUUGCCCAAACAAGCCACAGAUGGAAAAGCACCGGUUGCUGCAAUAGAAGAAGAAGAUGACGAAGUUCCAGAUCUGGUGGAGAACUUUGACGAGGCCUCCAAGGGUGAAGCGAACUAGCAAGAGGAGGGAACUGUGGAGCAUCACAACUUGGGGUGGCUAUGUCGGUCUUUACCUUUUCAAGAGGACACGAUGUCUUCAUUAAUGUUCCUGGUGGUCCAAUAUGCUGAAUGAUUGUCAAUGUCUUUUAAUGUCUGCGUGCUCGUCUUACUGGACGAUCACACUUUUUCUGUGGCCUCCUUCAAACUGUCAUGUCUGCAAUUAAAGUGUUAGCUACUGUCA